AUGUUUUUGAUCCGGGGUGAGCGCGGAGCCGAGGCGCACCUCUGGCAGGUGCCAGCCGAUCUCACCUCCCUCCGUGCGCAGGGUGUCUUCCUCAUAGUCAGUAAUGCUAACACCUACGACACAGAGGAUCGUUGUUGGCUCUGGAUCGGUUCUACUGCCUCUUCAAUGAACAUCACUGCAGCUCGUCAUUUGAUUGAACAGUUUCAGCGAUGUUUACCAUCAGAGCUUGGAGUGCAAAUGAUGGUUGUGGAGGAGGUGAGUGAGGCCAACUCCAACACCUCUCAAAUGCAAAAGUGUUUGUGUGCUUUAAAUGGCGGUACUCUCGUGCACACACCUUCAUCAGCCAUACAACAUGGUGAGUAA